GUCCCCAGAUCCAGAGACAGCAAAUGUCCAACAGCAGCUCCAUCAGCCACUUCCUCCUGCUGCCAUUGGCACACACACGGCAGCUGCAGCUCCUGCACUUCUGCCUCUUCCUGGGCAUCUCCCUGGCUGCCCUCCUGGCCAACGGCCUCAUCAUCAGCACCGUAGCCUGCGGCCACCUCCUGCACACGCCCAUGUUCUUCUUCCUGCUCAACCUGGCCCUCACUGACCUGGGCUCCAUCUGCACCACUGUCCCCAAAGCCAUGCACAAUUCCCUCUGGGACACCAGGAACAUCUCUUACACAGGAUGUGCCACUCAAUUAUUUCUCCUUGUCUUCUUCCUUGGGUCAGAGCUUGCCCUGCUCACUGUCAUGUGCUACGACCGCUACAUGUCCAUCUGCAAACCCCUGCACUACGGGACCGGCAAUGCCCUGAGCCAGUUCUUCUGUGAAAUCCCACACAUCCUCAAACUCUCCUGCUCACACUCAAAAUUCAGGGAACUUGGGAUUCUUGUGGUUGGUACUUUUUUAGCAUUUGGCUGUUUUGUGUUCAUUGUUUUCUCAUAUGUGCAGAUCUUCAGGGCCGUGCUGAGGAUCCCCUCUGAGCAGGGACAGCGCAAAGCCUUUUCCACUUGCCUCCCUCACCUGGCCGUGGUCUCACUGUUUGUCAGCACUGGCAUGUUUGCCUACCUGAAGCCCCCCUCCAUUUCCUCCCCAUCCCUGGAUCUGGCACUGUCAGUUCUGUAUUCGGUGGUGCCUCCAGCCCUGAACCCCCUCAUCUAUAGCCUGAGGAACCACGAGCUCAAGGCUGCAGUUAUCCGGAUGUUC